AUGUAUGUUAUGGCAUUUGCAGGCCCAAACCCUCUUUUUGGAGGACUAAAAUCGACAAUUUCUAUGUUUGGAAGAUCAAGUCACACAUGGAUAGAAGGAGAAGGAAUGCUCCAUUCUUUAAAUUUCAAUAAAGAUAGUGAUGGUAGCUGGACUAUCUCCUACAACAACAGGCAUGUUCAAACAGAGACUUUGAAAUUAGAAAAAAAAAGAAAGAAACCAUCUUUUCUUCCUGCACUUGAAGGAGAUUCCCCAGCAAUUUUGUCAGCUUAUCUGCUAAAUUUGAUUAAGUACACCAUAACAGUAGUAAUUUCAUUACUCGACAUAACUAAUUGUUUGCAAUUGAGAUUUGGCGAUGUAAACAAACACAUUAGCAAUACGAAAGUUUUUGAGCAUUCAGGGAAGUUUUACUCAAUUUCUGAGAACCACAUGCCUCAAGAGAUCGACAUUUUCACGCUAGAAACUUUGGGCAAUUGGGAUGUUAAUGGAGCAUGGAAUCAACCAUUCACUAGUCACCCAAAGAAAGCUCCAGGAACUGGAGAGCUAGUUAUGAUGGGGUUUGAUGCGCAAAAACCUUACUUUGAGUUGGGAGUGAUCUCCAAUUUGGUCUGCAGGUACAAUGUGAUCAUUGAUUUUCCAGUGGUUAUAGACAUAAAUCGACUCAUUGGUGGAGGCCCUAUGACAAGAAAGGAUAUGCCAGGAUUUGAGUUAUGCCUCGCUAUGGUGAUGCAGAUUCCAUACAGUGGUUUGAAGCUGAACCAAGUAGUGUAUUUCACCUUUUCAAUUGUUUCGAGGAUGGUAGUAAUGUGGGCGUGUAAAGCUCAUGGAUCAGUUAUACCCAGACCUGAUCUAGGCUUGAACAAAUAUGAGUGGUUUUCCAGAGGUUAUAUGCAUAUGAACUCUGUUGAAGAUAAUGGUGACAGUAUGACUCAAGAUGAAAUUGUUUUUUCUCGUGCCCACGAGUGGACAUUAAACAUGAAAACAACAGAGGUGAAGGAAAGGAAUCUCACAGGAAUAGAAUUUUCUAUGGAAUUUCCUAUGAUCAAUGAAAACUUCAUCAGUAGGAAAAACAAAAUUGGGUACGCCCAAGUUGUUGAUUCAAUUGCAAGUUCCUCUUCAGGAAGGGCAAAAUAUGGAGGUCUAGCCAAGCUAUACUUUGAAGAACCAGAGAAUGGAUUGUCUUGGGAAUUAAACAAGUUGAUAAAGGUUGAGUACCAUAGCUUUCCGGAGAACACCUUCUGCUCAGGAGCCACUUUUGUUCCUAAAGUUGGAGGUCUUGAAGAAGACGAUGGUUGGAUAAUUACAUUUGUGCAUAAUGAAAACACGAACAUGUCUCAAGCAAGUUAUUUCACAACCAUUAACCAGUGUUUAUGUAGACUCCUAUAUUAUUGCAGGGUUUUACAGAUAUGUUUAACUCUCUUCUUGCAGGUUUAUAUAGUCGACACAAAAAAUAUUUCAAGCGAGCCAGUUGCCAAAAUUACUCUGCCUGGUAGAGUGCCAUAUGGUUUUCAUGGAGCUUUCAUGUCAGUAAGUUCACAACUUGAAGAUUAG